AAAUAUAGUCCAACCCAAGUCACUCAACCAAACUCCUUCAUUGAAUCAUUUCCAUCAAUCUCUCAAAAAUCCUUACUAUAUUUAUUAUAAUAUUAUAUGUAUUUAUUUAGGAUUAAAUAUAUGAUCUUUAGCUAAUCAACACACCACCAUAACUCCACCACCUCCUCCUCCUCCGUUCCUAAAUCAAAAUUGAAUCCGCCAUUAAUUUAUAGCAGGAGAAGAUCGAAAAACCCUAGAGAUCGAAAAAAUCCCCCAAAUUUGAAGAAAUGAGGCCGCAGAGAAGGACGAUCCACACUAUAAUGGCUUGGUUAAGAAGGCAGCCGCCGAAGGUGAAGGCAUUUCUUGCUGUGGUCACCGGAAUGGCGGCGUUGGUUUUGCUAAGAGCUGUGGUUCGCGACCACGAUAAUUUAUUUGUCGCCGCCGAAGCUGUUCAUGUUAUUGGCAUCGCCGUUCUCAUCUAUAAACUAACCAAGGAGAAAACUUGUGCUGGACUCUCACUAAAGUCGCAGGAGCUUACGGCUAUCUUUUUAGCUGUUAGGCUGUAUUGCAGUUUUGUCAUGGAAUAUGACAUUCACACUCUACUUGAUUCAGCUACCUUGGUUUUCACAUUGUGGGUCAUAUAUAUGAUUCGAUUUAACUUGAGGUCAACAUAUAUGGAGGAGAAGGACAACUUUGCUCUAUAUUAUGUGUUACUACCAUGUGCUAUUUUAGCAUGUGCUGUUCAUCCAUCAACUUCGCACAAUAUUUUAAACAGAACAUUGUGGGCGUUCUGUGUAUAUUUAGAAGCUGCCUCGGUGCUGCCGCAGCUUCGGGUUAUGCAAAAUACAAAGAUCGUUGAACCAUUUACAGCGCAUUAUGUGUUUGCGCUAGGAGUAGCAAGAUUCUUGAGCUGUGCCCACUGGGUUCUUCAGGUAUUGGACAGUCGUGGGCACCUUCUAACUGCUUUGGGCUAUGGAUUAUGGCCAUCUUUUGUUCUUAUCUCGGAGAUUGUGCAAACUUUCAUUCUGGCGGAUUUCUGUUAUUAUUAUGUUCAAAGCAUCUUUGGAGGGCAACUUGUCCUACGCCUUCCAUCAGGAGUUGUGUAAACUACAGUUUAUAGGAGACUGCGUCAACAAAAAUGUUAUUGGAAGCUCAAUGGAUGGUUUUAUUUUGCUUAUUCAACCGUCUCUGCACUCCAUACGGGCUAUCAUGCGCUUCUAGUGUGACUAUAGCCCUAUCCACUAAGGGUUGUGUAAAAGUUAGAGAUGAAAGGAGAACGUUGUAUGAAUGUUGAAUUAAAACGUUAUUUACUUGACAAAUACAUUAAUUUUAUAGCAUCAGAAACUCAUAUAUAUCUCAUAGAUUACUGGUAUUUCAUGUGCU